UAUAUAAUGUGACUUAAAGAUUGGAGAACUUCAGUUGGCCGUACGACCCUGGAACAACGAGUCCGUCUCAAACGAUUGUUAAAACUGCAAAAUGAUUUGGAAGACAUUGUUCAUCGCACUAUUGGCAGUUGGUGCUUAUGCCGAGGUGCAGAUACCAAACGACCAAGCGCAGUACGACACCAUGCUAAGCAACUACUGCACUAAGAAUGGCGCUUCAGAACAUUUACAAGACGUUAAGGCAGCCAUUACGGCAUUUGGCGAUUGCUUGAAAGGAUUGAUUGACAUUGAAACCAUAACCGACGAGAUCAAAAAAGCCAUGCCGAAUGGCGAACUUGACGAAGUUUUUAAAAAGUACUGCGAGAAAACACCUCAGCUGAAGAACUGCUUGUACACGAUGUUGGAAGGCGUCAAGCCGUGUAUGGACUCCGCGAUACGCAGUCACAUCGGAGACAUUAAAAACGGCACUUCGCAGCUACUCGAGUUUAUCUGCUACAAAGAUGGCGACAGGAUUGCUCUGUUCUACGCUGAGGGCGGUCCAGCAUGCUUGCAGUCAAAGAUAGCGGAACUCCGUGAUUGUGGACAAAAAUUGAAGGACUCCGUUUCCACUGUAGAAGAGGCUAAGGCUAUGAGUUUGGACACGCAGUGCCACAAAUAUGACGAGCUGACUUCAUGUAUGGUGACGGAGCUAGAAAAGUGCGAUACGCCUACCCCUGGUAAUAUGGCAGAGUCGCUCUUCAAGUACAUCAGAAACACCUCGCCCUGUCCCAAGAAAAAUUAAAUGAACAAACCACUAGUUAAGUGAAGAGUUUUGAGCUAUGCAGUGGUGCCAUCAAACGCAAUAAGUUUAACUACAGUCAACAAAUUGAAAUACAGAUAUUAUUUUGA